AUGGACAAUUAUCUCUUUUCCUUAAGAAGCUUUAUUACUACAUGGCUGAGCUCCACUCCCACUUCAUGGCUGAUUGAUAUCAUCUUCGCCCUCUUAUGUGGAGUGGGGCUCUUUUUUCUGUUACUUCCAUACCUCCCAAGUUAUCCAACUCUACCGCUGCCUAAGGACAUAGAUACAUCAAGAAGAGAGAGCCUGCAAGAACUGAAGGAGACUCAAGACCUGUUCUUGCUUCUGCAAAGGUGCCUCGGAUUCUCCCACCUCUGCCAGGCUCUCCUGGCCCCAUUCUGCUCCUGGCUGCAGCUUCUGCCUCCUAUCUCCUGCAGCCUCCUGGGUCAGCUCCCUGAAAAGGGCAACUUUCAUCAGCUCUUAUGUCAAGAGCCCUCUGCUGAGAUGUGCAAAACGGCACCUGCUGAAGCCCAUCUGCCACGUGAGGAACCCAUAGACAACGCUGCUCCCGCUGUGUCCCCUUGGGCUUCCACAGUUCCUCUGACCAAGCCCCCUCUACCUCUGGCCUCCAAGCUUUCACCAUACCUGACCACCCCCUCAGUUCCUGGUCUUUUGCACUCACCUCUGAGUGCCUCUCAGCCAUCAGAACCUUUUCUACCUCUAGACCAUCGCUCACGCCAACCACUCGCACCUUUCUCACCCCCACCACCUGCCUCUGGUUCUUUGGCCUGCCCUCAGCCUCCAACAGCCUUCUCUGCUCCACCACUGAUAGGCUCCCCUUUGACUCUUUCUCAGCAUGACUUGAUGUCACUCCCACUGAGUGCAUCUUUAUAUAACAAGUCUUGGUUGUCUGCUUCUACGCCAACAAUCUCAAGCUUUGACCGGUCAAGCCGUCCCAUUCUGGUACCUUGUUCUCCUCAGAUUGUUUCCUGUAGAGAAUUGUGGCCCACCUCCCAGAAUGAGUCACAAUCCCUCAUGCCAAUUGCAAUUCAACACCUGGAAUGUCACUUUUUGAAGAAGCAAAAAGAGAGUUGGAGGGCUUUACCCUUCGUGGUCACACGAUCUCAGGAAGCCUUUAGUUCUCUAAGUUCUAACCUUACCCAGGAGAGCCAAGCCUCCCAGGCCCACAAGUCAGUCUCCAGCCUUCCUGGGGAUUUUCCUGUCAGCCCCGUGCUUUGCAGGCACCUGGAGCAACACCUUCCAAAGAGGUUUGUCCAACAGCAGGGCAGCCUGCCCCGUAGGAUCCAUGUAGGUCUGGAACAGGUGCAGCCUCAGAGAAAAUCGCCAGGGAUCUGUCAAGAACCCUCUCGGCCCUCUGUAUGUACACAGCAAAGUAGCAGGGACAUAAAGAAGCUGAAAGCCAGGCACCCAGGAGACUUCCAUUUUUUAGGGAGGGUCUCACGAUAUACUGUAUCUCAGGAAUCAGAGAGCUUUGAGAAGGACUCUACCGAGGAGUCAAAAAAUGAAUUGAAGAGGCCAUCAGGAAAUGUCUUAGCAAGGAUCUCAGAGAAGAAACAAGUAGAAAGUGACCUAGAAGUCCAUAUGGACAAGAAGUGGUGGCAGAUCAAUAAGGGUACAACCCCUAUGAAAGGGCAGCAUUCUUGGGUUUCUGUCAGCCAUGCCUUGUCCAAGUCGGACACUCAGAUGGAAACCAGAAAGCUGGUAUGCUUGGAUGGUCAGAAAUAUUGCGUGAACACCUCCCAAGAGCUUCUCUUCCUCAAUCUGGUCACACAAAAGGUGCUGGAAGCACAUAGGAAAAAGCUUUGGGUGAAGCACAGGUGGAGUCUACUCCUUAAAGUUCUCAAGACCACAAAACUGUUUGUGUCGAGAAAGGCCCAAGCCUCACCUCCUCAACAGUGUGCCUUUCCCACAGCAGUCACCCAUGAUAUAGCCAAGGUUAGCAAGCCUCUGGGAGAAAAGCCCCAGGUGAGUCAGGAAGAGAAGGUGGUACCAACAAAUUUAGCCUCCACCUUGAAGAGUCGUCUCCCUGCUCCAUCCCCUGCAUUUGAGGAAAUCCAGAGCAUCCCAAGUCAGGCCCCUCCUGGUGAUGACCACAAGCUCUCAGAGGCCCCUCUGACCGGAGAGGAGGGCAGGCAGUCUCCUCAGCCCCUCACCCCCAGCAUCGUGAGCAGACCCAUACAGAGUGAGACUGUCCUGGAGACCCAGAGAGGCAGCCUGGAGCCCACCUCAAGUCAAGUCAUGGGAGAGAAUGGGCCAAGGGAGGAGAGUGGGAGUAAUAAUACCCCAGGAGCCCCCAGCCCUGGUGAAUCAGUAUUGGAGAUGGAUGUAGAAUCCCAAUCUCCAAAGGUCAUAGAGAGCAGCGAGGGGUCCCCUGCUCUUCAACCCCAGCAUAGCGACAUCUUGAGAGCCAGUGAGCAGGCAGACUCCCCAGUCUUAAAUGUGAAUUUGAGUGGUUUAGGGUCUCCAGGGAUCUGUCAAAAUUUCACACCCUCUAGAAUGUCUGCUGCCCAGGUUCUAGAACUACCAAGCCCUAAAUUGCAAGUCAUUAGUAAACCUGAGAUCAAAAUGAAAGUUGAGCCAGAGAUUCAGCCUCGAGAUGGCUGCACUGAUGUGCCCUUUGCUGCAGGCAUCUUGGCUUCUCAAGUGCCCCAGCGCCGUCCCCAGAGCACAACCAGUGGGAACAGGCCAGUUCUCCAAGAUGGCUGCAUGGCAGUUGGAAAGAGCAGCCUGGUGCAGCAGGAGUCCAAAAUCUUGAAGCCCCAGGCCCCACUGAAAAGCCAGAACAAGACUUUUACCCCUGCUACCAGGAGAGAGGACUGUAGGAGGCCCAAACGAGAACAUCAUGAAGGGUUUGCAAGAUUGGGGAGUUCCCCAACCAGAAAGAUGGGCCCACUUGGCCAGGGGAGGGGAAUAGCAAACACCCCAAGCAAGAACCUCCAGUUCCUGCCAGAGAAGGGAGAGUCUCCACCCGAGAGGCCCCAGGGAAAAAAGACGAGUCGCUUUCUUCAGUGGGUUUUCUCCAGUAAAGACAAAGGGCAGAAAGAACCUCUGCAAAAGGUCAAGCCCACAGCAGCCUCUGCCCUUGGCCGGGAACCAGUCAAAGUCAAACCAAUUUAUAUGAACAAAGAGGCUGCUGAUGCUGAAGCUCGGGAGCUCAUGUCAGCUGUUGGCCAGAUGCUAGAGGAGAAAAUAGCACUUCAGGCCUCAGAGUUAAGUAAGCAGAAGCAGAAGGUCCAGGUUCCGGUUGGGAGGGGCCCCUCCUGUCACGGAGCUUCCUCCCACGUAGAACAAAGAAGAGUGAUGAGUGAUACAACCUGCCAUCGCCAUGACACCCCUGAGAGUUGCCCUAUCAUAGAAAAUUGGAUCAGAGACAAGGACGGAAAUAUCUGGAAAAUUGUGGGUAUCAAGAUGAGCAAUUGUGCAUUCCACCCCAUGGAGCCCACGUCCCCAGUCAACUCCUACCACCAUUUGCCAUGGAUGACAGGGAACUCGGGCCGCCCUCCCCACUGCCCACGGCACUGUCAGUGGAGAAAUGGCUUCUCUGGUCAACCAGAAAAUGCUUCUCCAGGCCGUCUUAGUGGGAAAACUUCUGUCCAAGGAAGCAUGCAGUCCAAGUAG